GCAAUCAGAUUUUGCAAUGAUGAAUCCAUGGGAUAUCAGAGACCCGUGCGAUAUGAUAGACUUUGAUGCUGACGAUGAAGCACCGCAGUUUCAGUUUGAGUGUCCGCCUCUGCCUGAGCCCGUCUGGAAUGGGGACGAAAACAAUGUAGGUGAGCCGUGUGCCAUGGACGUGAGUGGUAAUGAACCACCUCAGCCGGUUAUUGAUGAGUGUUUGACAGAGCACUAUUGGGGAAGCCCAUUAUCUGAUUAUCAACCACUUCAGUCUCAGCCUGAGCCAUGUGCCAUGGACGUGAGUGGUAAUCAACCACCUCAGCCAGUUAUUGAUGAGUGUUUCCCGGAAGUUAUGAAGAGGACAGAGCACUAUUGGGGAAGCCCAUUAUCUGGUUCUCAACCACUUCAGUCUCAGUCUCAGUCUCAGUCACGUGCCAUUGACGUGUGUGGUAAUCAACCACUUCAGUCUCAAUCUCAGACGGAUAUAGUAAGGACGCUGACGGAUGAGUUUUUCGCUGACACCUGUGGUUAUCCACUACCUCAGUCUCAGCCUCAGCCUCAGACUCAGUGGGAUACCAGUAGGAACAUGUUAGAGCUGAUUCCCGAUGUCGGUAGUCAUCAACCACUUCAACCUCAAUCUCCGGUCUGGACUUGGGAGGAGAACAAAGCAUUUGAGUCAAUUAUUACCAGUUGUUUUCAGGAUGAUAUCCAGAACCGCUGGGAGGACGUGGCUGCUCGUCUCCCCGGCAGGACCCCGACACAGCUGCAAGAACGCUUUCAGAAGCUGAUGAACGACAUCAAUAACAUGACCAUCAUGAUGGAACACAACCCUCUCUCCAUCCCUAUCAAUGCAACAACACCAUUACACCACCACCACCAUCACACCCUUAUUCCACUCAUCAUCAUCACGGGGAGGAGCUCGUGCCAGCUGCAGAGGAGGCGGUAGUGCCAACUGAACAAGAGGAGGCAGCACCAACAAAGACAGGAUAUCAUUGGACCGAGGAUGAACAUAGGUAUUCGUUUCGCAUCCAAGUGGUGAAAAAUAUUCAAGUGUACUAUGUGCAGGAAGCCAGAUAUAUUAAGAAAACCCAGUAUCAGGAAUUCAAUCAUGGGAUUGGAAUCUGAGUGGUGACAAAUCCACAUAUCAUGCAUUGUACCCAAGGGCUUGGACAAUAUAUGAAGAACCUGACCCAGCACUGAGAAUAGUUUGUCCUCAGAUCUCACCUAUUAUUCCCCAUAAUUACAAGGAGAGUAGCUUUCCUGCAUCAGUUUUUACUUUUGUGGUAGGCAAGAGUCACUUCAAUUUCUUUUUUAGUUAGAAUUUGAUACAUAUGUUGCUCUUAAUAUGCAAUGAAUGUUAUUUAUGCAGUUAAAUAAUUUUGGAAAAACAACAGCAGAUGUCACCUUGCUUUUCACAUGGACUGUAAAGGGGUGGCAAGCGGGCAAGCCCGCCCCCCCCGCCAGAAGCCCGCCCCGU